AUGCGUGCUGCUAGUGAGACGACCGUCUAUGUAUCAGUAGUAAAUAUGUUUAAUGAAAGUACAAAUCUAGAUGAAAAUGCUAUAACUAAAGCAAUUCAAGAAGAAGUUAAGAAAGAUAACAGCAACAUGGAGUUCUAUACUGCUCGAGAGUGUCCUGGAUCCUGCAGUGCAGCAGACAGGAAGCAAUGCCUAAGGAGGGAUAGCGGAGCACUGGAGUGUGCGUGCAUGCCGGGCUACCAGAAGUCCACCGAUGACAAGUGUGAAGCGUGUCCCUUUGGCUAUAGUGGCCAGGACUGCAAAGACCCAUUCCAGCUGAUCCUCACCAUUGUGGGCACCGUCGCGGGAGCCCUCAUUCUCAUCCUGCUGAUUGCAUUUAUCGUCUCAGUGAGUUCAAAGAACAAAAGGAGAAAUGUGGAGGAACAGAAGUUGAUUGAGGAAGACCUUCAGAACGUACGAAUGCAGCAAACUGGCUUCAGCAAUUCUGGCUUCAGCAAUUCCGGCUUCAACAACUCUGGCUUCCGCAACUCCGACUUCAGCAACUUCGGAGCUGGCAACAGCAUCUUCCCCAAAGUCAGGACAGGGGUCCCCAGUCAGACCCAAAAUCCUUAUGCAAACCAGCGAAGCAUGCCUCGCCCUGACUACUAG